AUGCGCCAGCGCCUAGCUCUCCGCCGAAUCCUCCUCCAGAGGCUCUUCCGCCUCCAGACCACCCGGCCCUUCACGAGCAACACAUCCCUGACCUCGCGCAGCCGCCCGCAACUCCCCUUUCUCUCGAUCCCCGUGACGUCCCCGCGGCCCCGCGUCCGCUACUUUACUACCGAAAAGAAACAAUGGCUCCGCUACGAGGGCCGCUUGUUCCUCCGCUAUAACGUUUCCAUCUGGGGCGGCGCCCUGUGCAUCUUCGCCAUCGUCUUCCUGCUGAACCAGGAGGCCCUCGAGAAGGACCACCCGACGCCGCACGAGUGGUCGUUCCUGACGAGAAUGGGCGUGCGCGGCGCCAAGGAUGCUGCAAAGGACAGCCAGAAUAGGGACGUGAACUGGGUCGAAGUCCUCGUGUCGUGCAGGGCCAUGCUCAAAAGGCUGGAGGACCCCAACAUCGACGGCGCCGGCAUCAGGGAGCUACUGGAAGAGCCUCUAUCAAUUGACGGUGUCGGAAGCGCCGGGAAGGACCUGACGGCCAAGAGCGAGAACUGGAGGAGGGGCUACUACGAGAUGUUGAUGCUUCUGGCGCAGGCCUCGGAGCAGCUGGACGGCUGGGUCAGGGACACGACGAGGAACAUCAUCUUCCCGCCAGAGGUCGUCCGCGGCCCCUCAAACCCGCAUCCGAAACCGAUCCCCGCAGGUGCCGAGAGCGCGCCGAACGAGGAGGACUGCGAAGUCGCCUACGAGCCCGCCGAGAACCACUACCUGCGUGUCCUCACCACCAAGGGCUUCACGAACCGCCAGAAGAUGGACGCCGCCCUGAGGUAUGCCUCCUUCCUCGACUACAAGCACCUGCCCGACGCAGCCGAUAGGAUGUACCAGUGGGCCCUGUCCCUGGCGACCGAGACGACGCCGAGCUCGCCGCCCCUCGUCGACCCUCGUACGUACACCAUCAACGACAAGACGACGCUGCCGUCUGAGAACGUCCUGAACGUCCUCACGUCGAUUGCCCUGCAUAAGGCCCGCAACGGCGACGUGAACGCUGCGCUGCCCAUCUUCGUCUCCGUCCUCCGCGCCCGUCGCGCCCUUCCGCAAGUGCCCCUCCCGGGCCAGGAACGCCCCGCCGAAACGCCCGGCACGCUGUGGCAGAAGGUCUGGAAUCUCAGUAAGGCGCCGGUGUACCCCUCGCCGCCCGACGACGGCACCCGUCCACCCUGGAGACACCCCAAGGAGCUCUGCGAGGAGGCCGGCCUGAACCUGUACAUCGGCGAGAUCCUGUACGCGACAAAGGACUCCAAGGCGAACCGCGAGGAGGGCCUCGCAUGGACGCGGGACGCCGUCGACCUCGCCGAGGAGCAGCUUCGCAAAGUCGGCCCCUUGGGCGGCGACAAGGAGGCCCGGCAGACGUGCCGCGAGUGCCUCAGCACGGGGCUACAGAACUGGUCCACCAUGGUGGCGAGGCUGGCCCGGGAGGAGGAGGCGAGGGGCAAGGCGGCACCCGCCAAGUCCGUCUUCGGCUUCUGGAGCGGGGCCGCCGAGACGGACGAUGUAAGCAGGUGGGUGGCGGAGGAGAAGGUCGUCGCGGAGAGGAUCCGGCGUACGAGGGAGCUGCUGGUGCAGGCCGAGCCGCCUGCCGCCGGGCUGGCAUCUCUGCUACAGGUGUAG